CAAUUGCAAUUUGCACUUGCACACACUCAUGAUAUUGAGGUAAUAAAUAUAUAUAUUAUAAGGGUGCUGAAUGAUCCAAGGUACAAUUUAGUAAAGAAAAAAGAAGAAGAAAAAUGGGUCAUCAUUCAUGCUGCAAUCAACAGAAGGUUAAGAGAGGGCUUUGGUCUCCUGAGGAAGAUGAGAAACUCAUUAGAUACAUUACUACUCAUGGAUAUGGAUGCUGGAGUGAAGUUCCAGAAAAAGCUGGGCUUCAAAGAUGUGGUAAGAGUUGUCGAUUGCGAUGGAUAAAUUAUUUGAGGCCUGAUAUUAGAAGAGGAAGAUUUACACCUGAGGAAGAGAAGUUAAUUAUAAGUCUUCAUGGAGUUGUUGGCAACAGAUGGGCUCACAUUGCAAGCCACUUACCUGGUAGAACAGACAAUGAAAUAAAAAACUAUUGGAAUUCAUGGAUCAAGAAGAAAAUUAGAAAAUCUUCUUCAUCUUCUUCUGCUCCUAAUUUAUCAUUUAAUACACCACAAACCAUUGAUCAUCAUCCUCAGUACAAUUACAGUUCCAAUCAACUGGAGAAUUACUUUACCAACCAAGAAAAUGUAACAACAAAAGAAACCUUGUUUUCUUCAACAUGUCCUUUAUUUAUGUUUGACACAACAACAGCAACAACAACAACAGAUCAUACAAAUGUAAUAAGACCAGAAGUGUUCUUCCAUGAUAACAUGAGUUUGAGCUCAGAAACAUGGAACUUGAAUCAUCAUCAUAACCAUCAUCAAGUUCAGGCACUUCCUCCUCCUCCUCAUCCAGCAGCAACAGCUUUUACAACCAUUCAUGAUACUACUAGUAGUAAUUAUAAUCUGCCACCAUUGAUAGAUAAUAAUGUGGAAAACAUGGUUCCAAUUGAUCAAGUGCAGUCUUGCAACAUGGAUGAGGAAGGAGAGAUAUUAACAUUGGAGUCAUUACAGUUGCAGAGACAUGAGCUGAAUGAAUGGGUGGAAAAUCAACAGCAACAACAAUGUUCUAGCUUUCUUUUCUGGGAGAGUGUUGAAGAACCAAACUCAUCAAAUAUUAUGGGAACAAGUGCAACAAAUUCACUUUCUCCUUUUCCUUCUUCAUUAUUAUGAGAUGAUAAUUUAUUAAUUAAGAAGACUAAUUAUCUUCUGAUUAAUUAUAUCUCAACCCUAACUAGGAAGAGUUUGCUUGCUCCUUCUCCUAUUGAUUUUCUACAUUUUUUUGAUUGCUGAUUGGAAAGAUUUGAGUGUAAUGUAUGUUAUGUAUAUGUAUAACAAGGCUUGAAGUGUUUAUUUGAGUGUUUUGACAUGGAAGAGGAAAAAUAAAGUUAUUUGAUAUUGAA